CUCGUGAUUCGCACCGCGAAUUGCAAUGUGGAUGUACGACAGUGUGGAUCACACGAUUUUUUCGCUAUUUACGUAGGCGCUUACGAGAGUCUGUAAAGUGCUGCUCUCAUCGUAAUCAGACUACAAGAGAACAAUAUUAUCCCUCGCAAUAUUAUGGGAAGUGCCGGUGAAUUAAGUGGUUUAAUCAGUAGAUUACCUGAACAUAAAAAUGAAAUAAAAGAAGAUUACGGUCCAAAUUUGAAGAUACUGCCGAACAAUGAUCAAGUGAAGGAAUUGCAGACAAUACUACGAGACAGAAAUACCUCCAGAAGUGAUUUCAAAUUUUAUGCAGAUCGCUUAAUCCGGCUCGUAAUUGAAGAAAGCCUGAAUCAGUUACCAUUCACGAAAUGUGUUGUCACGACACCGACAGGGGCCAAGUACGAAGGACUAAAGUAUCAGAAAGGAAACUGUGGAGUUAGUAUAGUAAGAAGCGGAGAAGCUAUGGAACAGGGGCUUCGCGAUUGUUGCCGUUCAAUUCGAAUUGGGAAGAUACUGGUAGAAUCGGAUGCAGAAACUCACGAAGCUCGUGUGGUGUAUGCGCGCUUUCCAGAGGACAUCGCAGAUAGAAAAGUUCUUGUGAUGUACCCUAUCAUGAGUACAGGGAACACGGUGAUUAAAGCAGUUGCUGUCCUCAGGGAACACCAUGUACCAGAGGAAAAUAUAAUUCUCUCAAAUCUAUUCUGCACGCCAUUUGCAGCGAAACUAGUGACUGCAGCAUACCCACAGAUGAAGAUAUUAACAUCGGAAAUACAUGCUGUGGCUCCAAACCAUUUUGGUCAAAAAUACUUUGGCACUGAUUGAAAAAUCACAGAUAUCCUCAAAUUAGAAGUGCUGUAAUGAAAGCAAAAAUUCGGCGAUACAUGUCAUCUUAAACAUUGUCUUCUGAGAGAAUACUGUGAAGCAUUCUUGAAUGAAUUUUUCAAAUUGGGAAACCAUUUCCCCCCCUCAUAGUAUUGUGUUCUUUAACGAUACAAUUUACUCGAGAAAGUGCUUUUCCUAUAAAUUUAGUAAGGUUGGUUACUGGUGAGUCAGUUGUUUUAGUUUCCUAUGAAAAUAGCACAACAUAUUUUUACAGUGUGUAAGUUUCCAAAGAAUAAUGAAUCGUUUUUUAUUUAGUAUUUCCAUAGAGCAUUAAUUUUCUAUUUUUAGACCUCUCUCUCCAAAUUGAUGGUACUUAUUAGAUGUGUGUGCCCUGCACCACAUUUUUCCAGUAUUGAUUGUAUACUUAACAUAACACGGUAAUUAACUAUUAUGUUAAACAUUUUUUUAAUGUGCAAACAUAGGCUUAAAACUGUUCUUAGUUAGUACACAUGCUUAUUAACAGUAGAAGGAGAAGCUACCAAGAUACAGUGAAAAGCAAAAACCUAAGGUUCUAUUUUUUUAUAUUUGUUGCUUUUUUCAUUACCAGCCUCCAUUUAAAAUUGAGCUGAAUUCACACCAGUGGAGACACAUGCAAAUGUUCAAUGAAGGGGGUACUGAGAAAUAUUUAGUUCCAAGGAUUUGGUGGUUGAUGCUUUUUGCUAGACACCUUUAAUAGCAGAUGAAUAGUUUCACCAAAACUUGAAACAAGAAAAUCAAGUAUUGAAUGAAACUAUGAGUUUUCAACACAACGGCUGCAGCAUGCAUAGUUGUGAAUGUUCCACCACCAGGCCACAGCGUCAUGCGCGUGGCUUUGCUUUUGCUGCCGGCAGCCUCGUGGCAGUCAGCAAGUUAAGCAGUGUUUCAAUUUUUUUUGUCAUCCUUGUUUUCUCAAGAGAAAGGUGUUACAUGUGUACUAGUACAUUAUCACUUCCAUUUAGAAUAGACACACACGUUAAUUUAUAAUUGCAUUUUUAGAUUUUAUCAGCUGAUGUUUAUACUUAUUAUUGUGAAUGUAAUAUGGGUAUUCCUUUUGGCUAGUUGUCCAAGUCUUUAAUAAUCUUUAUUGAUGUACACUGUGGCUUUUUAUCUGUCAUUUAAGUGUCAGGCUAUCAAUCCAAAGGUUUGGUGUUUAAUGUCUGUUUGGUUCAGGAAUUCCAUAUGGUACUUAAUAUGUUCACCUGUGAUGAUAAUCUGUGUGAUGAAAGAGUAAAUAUUGCCCUGCUAAAUGAGCAUGUUCCUAAUUCAGAGCAAGGCUAGGGCUUGCUCCCAAUAACAUGCAUAUAAUGCCAAGUGAUUUUUUUUCCAAUUGCCCUUUAGUAUGUUACUAAUUUAUAUCACUUCUGUAUUUAUUGAAUUUCAUAUAUUACAAUUCUGCUUAAAACUAGGUGGCUGAUGAGAUCAAAAGGGCUAUAUGUCCCUUAUACCGGUGAACCAGUUUGUAUAAUCAUAUUUAUAACAAACAUUUUAUAAUGAGAAGCAUUAGUUGAAACUGAAUUGUGAUAACUUAAGUUUGUACCUGCUGUUGCUAAUGGUAUUCUAGUAACUUAGUAAGAAUUAAACAGAAAUUCAUAGUUGUGGUGAUCUUUUACAUGAAGAAAUUAAAACUAGUCAGGCAGAUUUUGUCAGUGUCAGGAUGUGUAGUAAUUACUGCAGGGUACUGAUGUUGUUAACUGCAAUUUACUAGUGGACUGCUAAAUUAUAGUGAAAUGUCUUUUGGUAUAAGAACUCUGCGAUGAUUAUGGAAAUAUGAAUCUCUUGAUUCAGUUUAAAUACUAGUCGUGUGUCCAAAAAUUUUACUUCCUAUUUUGCCUCUUUUGUGUAAAAAUCAUUGUACAGGCAUAUUCAGAGUUUUAAUUCUAACUUAGUAUUUAUUGGUUAAUUUUGUUCCUGAAAGAGCUAAUUCUUAAUGUUAAAUUUGCUGCUUGAAAUUCUGAUACCGCCAUUGUUACAUGUACACAGUUUUUUAGAAUUCUCUUAAUUUGCAGAUGACUAGAAUUUCUUUACUUUAUUAAUUGUACUUAUAUGUAAUUCUAGUUCAACAUGUGAUAAAUUAUGUUUGAUAGCCAUUGUUCCUUAAGCAGUUGAUUAUUAAUGUUAAAAUCACAGUUUGAAAUUCAGAGCCUUCCAUUGUAAUGCAUUUAUGUCAUAGUGUUGUGAGAUAUUUUCAUGAGUUGCAGGUGACUACUUGUUUCAGCACAUGAAUUUCACUUAUGUAUCUGAUCUUUAACUGUUCUGAUGGUGUGAUUCUCUUUGAAUAUGUGAUAACUUGAUAGUCAUACUUCUUUUGAGAGUUCAGAUGUGUAUGUCUAUUGAGACAGUGGUGUAAAGGUAAACUUAUGCGAAAGUAAACACAUUUAAAAUUUUUCUUUAUUCUUACACAUUUGAAACUUCAUAAAUACUUGUCAUGUUACUAAAUGUUUGUACCUGUAUUGUGUAAUAAAGUUAUACAAUGUUUGUUAA